CGCCGCCAGGAUGUCCCGCUGGCCCUUGGCCGCCCUCCUCCUGCUGGCCUGCCUGGCCCCCCGCUCAGAUGCGCUGGCUGUGAUGUCGGUGGACUUGGGCAGCGAGUCCAUGAAGAUAGCCAUUGUCAAGCCGGGGGUUCCCAUGGAAAUUGUUUUAAACAAGGAAUCUCGGCGGAAAACGCCAGUGGUGGUCACCCUGAAGGAGAACGAGCGCCUCUUCGGUGACAGUGCUGUCGGAAUGGCCAUCAGGAGCCCCAAAGUAGCCUUCCGCUAUUUCCAGGACCUCUUGGGCAAGCACAUAGGUAACCCCCAGGUGGCGCUGUUCCAGUCACGGUUUCCAGAGCACGAGUUGGUGAAGGAUGCCCGGAGACAAACGGUCGCCUUCAGGCUGUCAGAGUGAUCAGUUGUUAUGCAGUCUUUUGAUUAUUUAGAGGUCCUGGGCAUGGUCCUGAACUACUCCCGCUCCCUGGCAGAGGAGUUCGCAGAACAGCCCCUGAAGGACGCCGUGAUCACGGUCCCGGCCUACUUCAACCAGGCGGAGCGGAGAGCCGUCCUGCACGCAGCCAAGAUGGCGGAUCUCAAGGUUCUGCAGCUCAUCAACGACAACACCGCGGUGGCUUUGAACUACGGCGUAUUUCGGAGGAAGGACAUUGAUGCUACACCCCAGAACAUCAUGUUUUAUGACAUGGGGGCCGGCAGCACCGUGUGCACCAUUGUGACCUACCAGACGGUGAAAACAAAGGACUCAGGGACCCAGCCUCAGCUGCAGAUCCUGGGUGUUGGAUUUGAUCGCACGCUUGGAGGACUGGAAAUGGAGCUGCGCCUUCGCAACUACCUGGCCGAGCAGUUCAACAAACAGCACCCUUCCAAGGAUGUCCGGCAAAACCUCCGGGCCAUGGCCAAGCUGCUGAAGGAAGCCAAUCGCCUGAAGACAGUGCUGAGCGCCAAUGCUGACCACAUGGCCCAGGUGGAGGGCCUGCUGGAUGACAUUGACUUCAAGGCCAAGGUUUCCCGGCAGGAGUUUGAGGACUUGUGUGCUGACUUGUUCCAGCGGGUUGCAGGGCCUGUGCAUCAGGCGCUGGACAGUUCUGGGAUGAGUCUGAAUGACAUUGACCAGGUGAUCCUAGUUGGAGGUGCCACUCGAGUGCCGAAGGUUCAAGAAAUGCUGCUAAAAGUUGUUGGCAAGGAUGAGCUGGGGAAGAACAUCAAUGCGGAUGAAGCGGCUGCGAUGGGGGCGGUCUACCAGGCAGCUGCGCUGAGCAAGGCCUUCAAAGUGAAGCCCUUCCUCGUCAGGGACGCGGCCGUUUUCCCCAUCCAGGUGGAGUUCACCCGUGAAGUGGAAGAGGAGGACAGACCCAAGAGCCUGAAGCACAACCGGCGGAUUCUCUUCCAGCGCAUGGCUCCCUACCCUCAGCGCAAGGUCAUCACCUUCAACCGCUACACGGAUGACUUUGAGUUCCACGUCAACUAUGCAGACAUGGGCUUCCUGAGCGAGAGCGACCUGCGGACUUUCGGGUCCCUGAACCUCACCACGGUGAGGCUGCGAGGCGUGGGGGAGAGCUUCAGGAAGCACGUGGACUAUGAGUCCAAAGGCAUCAAGGCGCACUUCAACAUGGACGAGAGCGGCGUGCUGAGCCUGGACCGUGUGGAAUCGGUGUUUGAGACGGUGGUGGAGGACAAACCAGAGGAGGAGUCCACGCUCACAAAGCUGGGGAACACCAUCUCCAGCCUCUUUGGCGGAGGCAGUACUGCGCCACAAGCCCCUGCAAACCAAACGGAGACUGUUCAGGAGGAGGAGGAGAGCCAAGCAGAAUCCGGAAAGGAGGACCAGAAGGAUGAUGCUGGGGCUGCCGGUGAAAAGGAGGUCAAGCAGCAGGUACCAACACCACCCCCCGCUCAAGAGAAAGCGGCUGCAGAUGCUCCCGACGGAGAGGACCAGGAAGAGAAUGCAAGAGAAAAGCCUGACUCCCAGGAAGCCAAAGAGAAGCCGGGAUCUGGGAAGGCCGAGGAGCCUGCCAAGAGUCCCGGGGGUGACGGUGCCAAAGCGCAGGAGGAGGAGGAAGAAGAGAAAAAGCUGAAGCCUCCAAAGAAACAGAAGCUCGUGGAAGAGAUCACGGUGGAACUAGACGUGAACGACAUACCUGAGCUUCUGCCGGAAGAACUACAGGACUCCAUCAAGAAGUUGCAGGACUUGACUGCCAGAGACCUUGAGAAGCAGGAGCGGGAGCAGUCAGCCAACAGCCUGGAGGCCUUCAUCUUCGAGACCCAGGACAAACUCUACCAAGCGGAGUACCAGCUUGUUUCAUCUGAGACAGAGAGGGAAGGAAUCUUCCAGAAGCUCAGUGAAGCCUCCGCCUGGAUGGAAGAGGAGGGCUUUGCAGCCACAACUAAGGAACUCAAGGAGAGGCUUGUGGAGCUGAAGAAGCUGUGCCGGGGCCUUUUCUUCCGUGUGGAGGAGAGGAGGAAGUGGCCGGAGCACCUGGCCGCUCUGGAAAGUUUGCUCAAUCACUCCACCAUCUUCCUCAAGGGAGCACGAAUGAUCCCGGAGGCUGAUCAGAUAUUCACAGAGGUGGAGCUGAGUACCCUGGAAACAGCAAUAAAUGCGACAGCGCUGUGGAAAAAGGAGACCCUGGCAGAGCAGAGCAAGUUGCCCCCCACGGAGAAGCCCAUCUUGCUCUCCAAAGACAUCGACCUGAAGAUUGCCGCCCUGGACAGGGAAGUCCAGUACCUCCUCAACAAGGCCAAGUUUGCCAAGCCCAAGAAGAAGGAGAACGCCACGAAAACAGAAGCGGGCAAGAAUGCCACCGUGCCUCCUGAGGAUGAGAAGCAAGAGGAGGAGAAGCAAGAAGAGAAACCAGGUGAUGCCAGCCCUGUCAAGGAGCCCCCCACACUGGAGAGCUCCGUAUUGGAUGACGAAUCAAGACCAAGCACAGACCAACAAACAGAAAAGAAUUCAGAAGCAAGAGAAGACACCAGAACAAACGAUGAAUUAUAACAGUUCUGAAA